AUGGUGUGCACCAGGACACACGACCGCAAGAGGCGCCUCCGGCCAUCACGCACCUGCUGCCUCGAGCCCUACGCCUACAGCCCCUCCAAAGGCUCCGCGCCGGCCCCCAAGUUCAAGCUGCCCUACCAGGUGACGCCGUGCCGGGAGAGCGGCCCCAGCCAGGCGGAGAGGCGGCUGGAGGCGCUGACGCUGGAGCUGGAGAAGGAGCUGGAGAUGCACAUGAAGAAGGAGUACUUCGGUAUUUGUAUAAAAUGUGGAAAAGGUGUGUAUGGAGCGAGCCAGGCUUGCCAAGCAAUGGGUAACCUCUAUCAUACCAACUGCUUCACAUGCUGCUCUUGUGGGAGAAGACUACGAGGAAAAGCAUUCUACAAUGUCAAUGGCAAGGUGUACUGUGAAGAAGACUUCCUAUAUUCAGGUUUUCAGCAAACAGCGGACAAGUGCUUUGUUUGUGGACACCUCAUAAUGGAAAUGAUCUUACAGGCCCUUGGAAAGUCCUACCAUCCUGGCUGCUUCCGCUGCGUGGUGUGUAAUGAGUGCUUGGAUGGAGUCCCUUUCACUGUCGAUGUGGAAAACAAUAUUUACUGUGUCAAAGACUACCAUACGGUUUUUGCACCAAAAUGCGCUUCCUGUAACCAGCCGAUCCUACCAGCACAGGGCUCUGAGGAGACCAUUCGAGUGGUGUCAAUGGACAAAGACUACCAUGUGGAGUGCUAUCACUGCGAGGAUUGUGGCUUGCAGCUCAAUGACGAGGAAGGCCAUCGUUGUUACCCAUUAGAGGGCCACUUGCUCUGCCACAGCUGUCAUAUCAGGCGCCUUAAUAUUAAACUGCCAUCACAUCCACCUCCGAGCUAUCCAAUGCAUGUCACAGAACUCUGAAAGACAUUUCCUAUACCAACAAGCCGUUUGAAAGAGAAGACAAAAAUCUAAAAAUACUUUCCUGUUCCUUUAAAGAUGAGAUUCCAGUAAUAACCAUCUAAACCAGCUAUUUAUUUUUUAAAUCAGAGGUGAGGGGUCCUUUUCUGAUCUUGUACAUACGCAUUCUUUUAUCUAGACAUUUUCACUGAGACACCGUCUACUUGAACAAAUAAUUCACCACUAAACUAUAACUGUAAGUGACAGCAUUUCUAAAAACAGUGGUACAAAGGGCUGUUCUGCACUCCUUACUUGCUUUCCCUCAGUGGAAAUUUCACCCAAGUAAGGAGUGUAGAAUUACUUUUCAAAAGUUAGCACCUUAUCAUAUUGCAGCAAACAUGAUAAGAUAAACGCUAGCAUUUUAGCUAGUUUUGUUGAAUUCUGGUCUUAGAGAAUACAGUCUGACAUUUUUUAAAACUUAGAUUCCCAGAAGUGUAGUGAAUAGGAGGCAAACAAGUGUUUUUAGCAAGGACAGCUUUCAGCAUGGGUUAGAUAAUGGCAUUCUGUGAAGAAGUGUCAGGCCAGCUUUCCAUCCUACAAGGUUCCACAGUCAUCCAAAGACUAUUUAGCUUGUUAAAGAAAUAUGGUUAGCAUCUCAUAUAAAAAUGCCAUUACAGAGGAGUAUAUCCAAAAGAUUGGAACAUGCCCAUAACAAUUGAAGAAAGUCACAUAAUUGUCAUGAAAGUCGUAACAAUUGAAGAAAGUUACAGACCUCUGUAAUUGCUUGCCAUGUACACACAUAGCCAUGGUUUCAAAAUGUGUUCAUAUCAACUUGAUGAUUUGGCACUUAGUAAAGAAUUCAUCUUUUAAACCUAUUUUUUUGUUUAAUAGGGUUAGCAGCCCCUUUCUAUGCAAAGGUACACUUGUCUAUACUACUUGUUUUAUACAAGACUUCAUUUGUUACCAACUGCUUUGAUUGUAUGUUGAUCCAUUAUUAAAAAAAAAAAAAGAGGGGGACAGUGGUUUUUGUAUUAUCUUUUCAGCUUUGUGUUCUUUUCUAGAUGUACUUUUGAACUGAUUAUGGUGAUUGUCUACAUUGGAAAACAAAGUACAGUUUAGCAGAAAUAAUUUAGAGAGUCAGACCAUUGAAACGUUGGUAUUUUAUAACAAGUAUUAGAUGUACAUAGAAUGUACACACUUUCAUAUUUUGCAUAAGCUUUUACAGUAACCUCAGAGCUCUGGGGAAAUACAUGUCUUCCAUAUAGGAAGUUAGAUGAAUCUUUUUUAUGGUUUGUUUUCUACCAUGUGUUGAUGAUUUACAUGCAAAUCACACAUCUGUAUGUUUAAAAAAUUCCUUGCAUUCUCAUGAGAAUUGAUCCAGCCUUCCUGAAUUUAUAUUUUAAGUAAAUCCAUCAUUGCUGUCUUUAACUGUAUCCAAAAUUACAAUAAAAUUAAAUUCUUCUCCUCCAGAGGAAGUGGAAAUACCAGACCAGGUUCUCUACAUGUGUAAAUUGGGACAUUUUCAUGCCAGUUCUCAACACAUUGAGAAUCUGACCAAUCCAUUCAGAAAUGAUCCCAUGUUAAAUUCAGCACACAGACUGAUGAAAUGACUUAUUUGGCAACACCAUUGCAGUUUAGUUUCUUAUGCUCCACUGACUUUUUGAAAGCCAUUUGUGGUGCUCUUGAAAAGUACAAAGAGCAUCCAAUGGACACUAAUUCCUAAGUGGAAUAAUUAACUCCCUUAACAGAACUUUUUGAUAGUCUGGAAUUUCCUUAUGGGGGAAGGGUGGGUGGCAGGAAAAAUUCCUGUGAACUACUUUUUUUUUCUGUUAGUAUGGAACAAAAGGUAUGUUUCCUGAACUUCUGCCAAACUUCCAUUGCCCUAGAUUAACCUGCCCUACUGAAUACUCGUUGGCAAGUCAGAUGCUCCUUUAAAAAGUAAUUUUCUAAUUAAUAUAUAUCAGUUUAUAAUUAACAUAUUUAAUUUGAUAGCCAUGUUUUGAAAGAAUUAGUGCCCCAUUUCUGCAGUGUGACCUAAGAGUACUGGCCUGCAAAAGAGAGGACAUUGGGUGCAUGCACACUUUUUCUCCAUUUGUAAACAUUACCUCAAUGUCCAUAGGCACCAGCCCAGCCUCAGAAGGAAGCGGAAGUACAUGUGCCUCUUGCCCAAACAGCAAAUGCUAGAAAAGGGAAAAAAAAGUUGUCCUAAAUUGUAUUGUAUGACUAGGCAAAUUCCUUAAGAUUAUUACAAACAUGGAAGAUAUCAGAGCUGCAGGAUAAACUUUUAGCAUCAGCUGCAAUGUAAUACUUUUUCCAUUUAAGGAAGCUGCUUUGGACCACAUUUAGCUUUGAGGCAUUUUUACUUGCUUGUCUUUACGAUAUGUAUUAAGGAACACAAAUUAAGAAAACAGUCAUUAAUACACACAGAGAAGGUUUAGGUCUGUUCCCAUGAGCAAAUCAUCCCAUAACAGUACUCACUGUACUGGAAAAAUGCUUUGCUCUACCAGUAUAGAAGCAAAACCUCCUAAAUCAGAGUGGUCAGAGAUGGAGGUGACUUACUCUGGCAUUCAGCCCAGUCUUCUGCCACUACCUUCCUUCUUGCUUUGCCUCCUUCAGUGGCAAGUUUAAGCUUCCACUCCAAUAUACUUUCCAAGGGACAGCACACUAUCUAACAUGUACAUACCAUAUCAUACCUUUUCUUCUUUUCUGAAAACAAUCAUACUGUAGAACAGAAUAAUAUUUAAUUUCAUUUCACACGUUAAUUUGUCAGUCUCUCUUAAUUCUAUUCAGUUCCAAUGUGUUAAGUAUCAUCAUGAUAAAAAUAUCAAAAGGUAAUAUUUCAUUAUAGAAUAAGCAAUUUGUUUAAAACCAGAAAGCAGCAGUUGUUCCAGUAUUUUCUAGACAGGUGCAUUCCAUUACUGUAUAAUGAAGUACAGCUUUGCUUUUCCGACAUUUAAUAUAAAAACUGGAGCUAGAGUGAAAUUUGCCUUUUUUUUCCUUUUUUCCAAUCAAAGAGAAAAAUAAAAACAAAUUAAAAUAAUGAUGUGCUGUACUCUUUAGUGCUAGUGACAGUUUCUCCACAUUUUACCUCCUGUCUGGGGAAUUACAUAAAUGAGUUUCUUUUAAUGAUUUUCUUAAGGAGUAUUCUUACAUUAAAUCAGUUCAACACAGAUGUAAACUUACUAGAGUUCAUUUUAUGAUGGGAUUGUUCUUCAGAAGCCUUUGCUGUACUUUCAGAAUAUUUCCAUAAAGUUGAAACAAUAACAACUUGUCCUCAUUUGCAUCGGGACUACACCUUUCCAUUUCGGUAAGGAAUCUGACAAAGUCCCUGCAGCACAAAGCUGUUGUAGGUGAGUCAGAGUCCCCCCUGCACUAGAGGAUGCAUUCCAAAGAAAGGACCAAAAUAGUAAUUAGGAAACAAAACAAAAGAAUGCACUUAGAUAAUUGAGCUUUCAAAGAGGGUUUGUUUGGGUUUCUUUCAUUUUCCUUUCACUUGUGUGCACGUGUGUGUGUGUAUAUAUAUAUAUAUAUAUAUAUAUUUUGUAAGGUGGAGCUUCAAAAGGAAAACAUGGUUAGAGGAGCUCUUUAAGACCAGAAAUUCCAGAGUAGUUAAGUAAACCAAAGCUCUAAAGGAGACAAAAGCUGCUUUCUUGUGUUUCAAGAAAAGUUUAAAAGUUUGUGAUUCAUCCUGUAACUAAUGCCGUAACUAGAGUAUAUAAUUUGACUUAAAUUAAGUUUUCAUUUGAGAAAUAUUUUCGUUUUCUUUAAAAGAAUAUAGUUUUCUUCCAAGAACUUGGACCAACGUUGAUUUUUAUUUUGUAGGAAGUAUAUAAAUUCCCAGUUUGUAUAUCAUGUAACUAGUUUACAUGCUGAAAAUAUACAUUAGUUUAACUAUUUUUGUAUAUAUAUCCUUGUAAAACCUUUCAAUGUGCUUCUGUCUUUUAGUCUUUAGAAUUACUUGUGGUUUUGUGUUUCAGUGUUUGAUUCCCUUGAUUGUUGAAGAAAAAAAUUGGGAAAUGUAGAUUUAUUUAUCUAAAGAAGAAGCUACUUGCUAUCAUCCUAAGUUAUUUAAUAUUAAAGUCAGAAGUUUCAUUUAACCUUAGAUGCUAUA